UCCCAGUCUGAGACUGAAGUCCGUCAACCGCACACUCAAACAUGCGCACUUCCUCAUGUACGUGCACUUGUUGCUUCACCGUUACUAUUAACAGCUCGACACACAGCCUGCUGGGAGGAGAACGCUUUUAGCCAGGUGUUCAUUGAUGAAGGACUAAAUCCAAGUUAUGAUAGAGUCUUAACGUCAGCACUGGAUCAGCUCAGACUAAUGGACCAGACAUCCCAGCCAGCGCAGGUGAAUCCAGAGAACCACCUGUCUCCAAACACAAGGAGGAGUUUCAGCUUCUCGUCUCUCCGCAUAAAAAAACGGCACAACAGCAAUGAUGAGGGUGGAUUUACACGACGCAGAGGGCUGCUGUCUUUUUCAUCAGUACGAGAGACAUCCAGAAAAGAGUCAGUCCUGGAUGAAGACGAGGCCUCGCAGGACCAUGUAAAGAAGACAGGAACACGCAGAAGCAGUGCGCCACAGUUCUGUGGUUCUGACACAGAUGGAGGUGAGCAGCCCAAAGGUAACCUCAUCUCUGAUGUCACUGGGAGACACAGUAUCCCACCAGGUGAAGAUGAUGGUGGACAACAAGGGGCCCUCAAGAGGUUUAGUGCCAUGUGGUCCUCCUUCCGCAAAGGCAAAAGAGAUAGAGUCAGAGAUGCUGAGCCUACAGAGCCGCCGGCCCCGGUUGUGGCAGACACAUCCAGGCAGCACCGCUUCGGCAGCGGGCAGUACUUCUUCGAGUAUCUGGUGGUGGUCAGCCUCAAGAGAACCAAGGACGGCAGCGGCUACGAACCUCAGAUCACCUACCAGUUUCCCAAGAGGGACGGGAUGGCGAGGUUUCAGAAGGAGGAGGAGGAGAAGACGCUGAAGGCAAUCACUCUCUUCUGUUUCCCAGAGGGCAUCAACUGGGCUCCUCUGACUGAGUACCACAGUGAGACCUUCUCCUUCGUUCUGACGGAGAUUGACGGCAGCAGGAGAAAUGGCUACUGCAGGAGGUUACUGCCUCGAGGGAAAGGAGCUCGACCACCUGAGGCUUACUGCAUCAUAAGCUCGCUGGCUUGUUUCGGCCUCUUCUCCAAGAUAUUUGACGAGGUGGAGAAGCGGAGGCAGAUCUCCAUGGCCAUGAUCUACCCAUUCAUGCAGAAGCUGAGGGAGGCUUCGUUCCCAGCUCCAGGACACACUGUGGAGAUUAAGAGCUUCAUUCCUGAGUCGGGCACUGAGAUCAUCAGUCUGACACGACCGCUGGAUUCCUGGCUCGAACACGUAGACUUCGCCACGCUCUUCCGCUGCCUGACAGACGAGGAGGUGUUAUUGGUGUUUGCCGCCGCCGUCCUGGAGAGACGGAUCAUCUUCAUCGCUGAUGAAUUGGGGUAUUACACACUCACCCUGUGCGCUAUUAUUUACACAAUACACAAAAGGGAUUCCAUGGGGGUGGAAGACGUGGUUGAUAAGCAGGCGGGCUGUUUCCAGAGAGGUGGGGAGUUUGGGCAGGGGAAUGAAGUGGGCAGACUUAGAAAAGCGGUCGACGAUAGUGAGAAUGGUUGUGUUUCCGUUGGGCUCCAGCCCAGUCCACCGAUCCGUGCGCCCACUGGAGGACCUGGGAGCGGUACAGCGGAUUCCACCUCCCAGACCACGGAGGCGACAAGACAGGAGCAUCGAGUUUAG